CCCGUGGUAACUUCAGUGGCGCAAGCGAGGUAGACGCGGAGCCGAGCAGCUUUCGGGGUUAUAGCUUUGCAUUUAAGUUACAGGAGGAUUUGUGGGAAGCCUCGCUUGGAUUAUCCUUAUCAGACAAGAUGAAAGCCCUUUCGCUUACUCUUCUCUACCUGGGUUCCUGGUUGUUCUUCGGAGCAGAUGCAACCAAGCUGGAUAUUGCAUCAAACUUCAAAAGGAAGUGGACCACAAGGUUGCUGAGCCGAGCCAGGCGGGACCUGCCAGCUCAGGUGGCUGCUGAAAGUGUCCGUUGGAACCUGCCAAAGCAAGUGGCUGAUCCAAGGGUGCAUUCUUUCAUCCGCACCCGGGAUGCGAAAGACAUCCUGCAGCUGCCCAGGUAAUGAAGUCUUCUCACCUGAAUGUUGUGACACUCAGAGCAUUUGCUGGCAAAGGAGGGAUGGGAGGUUUGAGCAAGAAAGGGA